AUGUCGACUGUCUAUUCUACAAUCACUACCGUCUCGUAUCCUCCUGAUGUUAGCACCACUACUACCACGACUAUCUAUCCUACAACAACAUCUUGGACAUCAACUACUUCUACCUCUACGGUUACCAACACUGUCACCAUCGAGUCUGAUAUUCCUAGAUCAACCGUAUACGCUGCAUGCAGUAGCAAUGAUGUCUUGACCACCGCUAAUAACGGAGGACGUGUCGUGGCAUGGAGGAAUGUUCUUCCUACUGAUAACCUACUGACUUAUCUCGGUAUGGGCUUCACUCCAGAAACUUGUUGUAACGAGUGUCAGAAACGACCCUUUUGCCGUAUCACUCUUCUCGAUAACUCCAACAACGGCGCCUGCUACGUUUACGUCACUGGUACUUCAGCCACCUGUGCCAAUGGAGCUCAGCCUUACUUCGGAAGCUACAUAACCAGCACUCAUGCUCCUCAGACCCCCCACUGGAUCUAUUCCAAUGGCCCACGCGGUCGUCUUACAAAUGGCGGUGGUGUCUGA